AAAAAACAAAACAAAACAAAAAAACAAGAACACAAACUUAAAAACAAAAUAGCCACCAUCCAACCGGUCGAACCAAAAUUUUGUUCCCCAUGGCUGUCUCCCAUUUCCACCAUGACCAGAUCGCAGAGGUGGGCUUCACGGUGAUCCGCGGUUUUCUCAGCCAAGACGAAAUCGGCAAGUACAGGGCCGCCGCGCAAAGAAUCGUGGACCACGCCAGGGCCGGGAAGUGGAAAGACGUGCGCACGCGCGGCAAGCAGUUCCCUCCUUGGCCCGAGAACUACAGCCCCGACAUCUGGGGGGUUGGGGGGCUCAUGCACCCGCAGCUCGGCGACAUGUCCGUGCCGUUCCAGGAACUAUACUCGGACACGAAGUUGCUCGACGUGGCGGGCGACAUCUUGCAGACGGACAACCGUGGGUUGGCCCUCGAGCUUUUCAACAUGCUCAUCAAUCCGCUCACGGACUUCGAGUUGGACUGGCACCGCGACUCCAUCAAGCCCGAGGUGUCGCCGCAGGAGGAGGCCGAGCAGUUGCUCGCUGACCCCUAUGCGGGCACCCAGUUCAACCUCGCGUUGACGGACGACAAGUGUCUUAUCGUGGUGCCCGGCUCCCACAAGAGGCUCCGCACGGCAGAGGAGAGGGACAAGACCACGGACGACAGUAGGAAGAAACCCAUCAGCGGGCAAAUCACCGUGGACUUGCGCCCCGGGGACAUCGUGUUCUACAACAACAACAUCUUGCACCGGGCCGCGUACUCCAGCAAAGCCGUGCGCUUGACUCUCCACGGCUCGUAUGGCCACCGCGCCCACGGCAAGGCCCGAGCACGUGGCGUGCUCCAGCAUGGGGUGGGCCAAUGGCUAGACGAGUUCAGGCCGGUCAACAGAAACAUGGGCCAUUUGGCCGACGGGUUGAAGGCCGUGGUGGAGGAGUUCAAGGGCCAGGACUUGGGGUACGCGCAGGAUACCUAGCUAGGCUCCGUAGGGCCUCCCGGCAGCGGGCCCGUAUCCGUGCAAGCCCCGGGACAGGCCUUGUAUGGAGCCAGUGCCGUGUUUUUGUUUUUCGUACCACUCCAACAUAAUCGUUGUAUCAUAUACAAUCGUUGUAUUAUAUACGAUCGUUGUGUUCAAUAUAAUAGUUCUUUUCCAUACAAUCGUUGCGGCC